CACAACCUUGACGACGUUCGAACAUCUUUGAAUUAUCGGCUACACUGAAGUAUCACCAUUCAUGGUUUCAUCAAAAAAUGACAUAAAGUUCACAUGGCUUGCAGCUUGUCUUGUCAGUUUAUGUGGUUUAGGACCGUGGAUUGUUGUUAAUGGAUUAUUUGUCGAACUACCGAUAUUGGUGAAUGUUUUACCAGAAGGUUGGAGUUUGCCUGCUUACCUGAUAAUCAUUAUACAAUCAGUCAGUCAUCUACAACGUAGAGCUUGGUACGUACGCACAUCAGUUCAAGUUGCUGAACCAUAUCACAAAUUGUGACUCGAAUGAAUGAAAUGAAUAAUGAAUGUAAUAUUCUUCAUUUGUGUAGUUAACUACGUGAAAAUAUACUUCGUAAGAUUUUAGACCUUAUAAAGACCUAUAGACAAUUUAUAAUGUAGUUUCAUGAAUUACAUGUGGAGGAAAUGAAUCUUACUGUUUGUUCUUACACUUCCCUAAACUAGUUGUUUGUACUGAAAUAAAGGUGUUUUACAUUUUUUGGUUUACACAUUGUUAGAUUGCCAAUGUGGCACCAGUGAUCUAUGUUUCGAUGACAAAAUUCUUCAAAGCUAAAUCAAAUGCAUUGUGUUCGCGUUGUUUGCAACCACCUGAGAGAAUAGCCAACUACAUAAUACUCGCCGUUGGUCUAAUAUCGUGCAUACUGAUUUCGCAGUUUUGGGAUUCGGUUGUUUAUAUAUCAAUAUUGAAACUUGGUUAUCAUAGUGUUGGAUUAUUUGUCUUAGCUUUAUUUGCUUCAAUUGUUGGUUGUACAUCAUCGGUUACAUUUGUUACUUAUUUGAAUGGAAUGCCUCAAUCGUAUGUAGGUGCAUUGCAUUUCGGUGAAGCAUUUAGUGAUUUAGUUCCAAGUGUAUUAGCUCUUAUUCAAGCAGUUAGUUCAGAACCAGAAUGUAUCAAUAAAACAGUUAAUGGGACAAAUCAUGUGGUGGCAUUUUUCCCACCACCGCGUUUCUCAUUCAGUACAUUCAUAUAUUUAAUAUGCAUUAUUGUAAUGUUAUCUUUAACUGCAUUCAUACUGCUAGAUUAUUCGCCUAUUGGUCUAGGCAAAGCUAUUCAUGAACAUUAUCGAAAAACUAAUUUCAUAUUAGAAUCUAAUGAAACUAUUGAUAAUAAAGAUGACAACAAUAGUCAAUCCAAUGAUGAUCAGUCGAUUUCUAAUGGGAUUUUGAAAGAUAUUCAAAAUGUCGACCUUGCGGUUUCGAAUCACGUUGGACAAACUGUACAGUUGCAUAAUGAUGUUCAUGUUACGAAACAACCUGGACCAAACACAUUUUUAUCAUGUUUACUUAUCUUUUACAUUAGUGCAUCAAAUUACGGAUUUCUGCCAGCUAUACAGUCUUAUUCAUGUGCUGCAUAUGGCGCCCUUACAUAUCACUUGGCGGUUACACUGCCAGGAGUGUUCUCCGCCAUUACGACAGUGCUAACUACAUUUCUAGUCAAUCGUUAUUCUAAAGAAAUAGAUAAUACCGAUGAAUUAACAUUCCAAAAUAUGCAAACUAUGGACUGUGAAUUACAGGAAGAUAAUCAAAUUUCCUACAUACGAAAAUCUGACAAAAUUAUGAAUAAUGUAUGUAUGCGUUCGCUUCAAAAGAAAUGGAUUAGCAUCGCAUUCAUUUCAUUGUUACCUGUGGCUUAUGUAAUCUAUUUGGCUAGUUCAAGUCCCAGUCCACCAUAUUUAGGUGGUUUCGGUUCUGCGAGUGCUAUCCUAACUUGGAUCGUGGUACGUUGUUUAUUCGCCAGUUUGCGUACAUGGAUAUGGAUGAGUUUGUCUAGCCAUUCCAAUGGACCGAUGCGACUAAGAUUAGCUGCAUUGUCUACACAAUUCGGAGCAGUGCUUGGUGCAACUUUAAGCUUUUUACUAGUUGUUUAUUUUCAACUAUUUAAAAGUAAACCACCUUGUCUACAAGUGUGAUAAAACUCAUGUAAUAAUGUCUUUCAUAUUUUAGAAUAUUUAUCUACAGAUAUUUCAGAAAUAAGGAAAAAAAGUUAUUGUUGAUUAGUUAAUUAGUAUUUUUGUAAUUAAUUCCUAUAUAUUUAUUUACUGUUGCUAACUUAUCAUAGGUAUCUUAUAUUGUUUUCUUUUGAAUUUGUUUAUGUAAUUACAAACUGCCUAUUUGUAUUUACACAGUACUUUUCUAUGACCACUUAUCAUUUUUCAGGGCUUCGCAUAUGUAUUGCAUGCUCUUGCAACCCCAUCAGUUUGGCUUUUUACUCCAAAUGUUAUCUGAUUACGACUUGAUUAUUUUGUUUUUUUACGGUUGAAAUAAUUGAAAAAUGAAUGAAAAUAAAAUUAGUAUACUUUUGGGUUUGUUGUUUUUGUUUGUAUGUUGAAACAUUGACUAAAAUAGUCCUGGUAACAAACAAUAUUUUAUUUUUCUGGCUUUGUUAAUUUAACUUAAACAAAAUCAUAUUAUGACGUCAUUCUCGAUGUCCAAUUGAUUGGAUACAAAAAGUGUAUAUCUAUGCUGAU